AUGACAGUUGAUAAAUUCGGUCGUCAUAUUUCGAAACGUAAUUCAAUGAAUAAAACGUCACUAGAAAAUGUCGAUUUUUCUACCGUUGAAAAUACAAUUUUAAACAACUUGAAAAAAGACCUAACUUAUUUUGGAAAAAAAAUAAAUGAAGAUUUUGAGAAUAGAUUAAAACAGGAUGUGAUUAAUGUUAAUAAAAGGUUGAAUGAAAAUGAUUGCAUCAACAAAAAAAAUUAUGAAAAGCUAACAAAAUUUGAAGGUGAUAUUGAAACAAUAACAAAAUAUCAUAAUGAUGUUAUUGAUUUGAAAAAUUAUUUUGAAACCGAAAUAACGAAAUUAAAAACAUACAUGAAUGAAACAUCAAAAAUCGAUAGUGUUCAAAAAAGCAUAGAAGAUAAUCUCAAAUUAAAAUUUGAAAAUUUUUCAACCAAAGUUUAUGAUAGAGUUACGAAAGAAGUAAAGUACUUCAAAAAUAAUCAUGAUAAUAUUGAUAAAAAUAUAAAGCGCUUGGACAGAACUUCAAAUUUAAAUGCACUACUACGAAAAAAAAAUACUGACGAUAUCGCAUUUAUAAAGGAGCAAUUAAACACAAUUUUGACACAAAUUCCAAAGCUAACAUCGAUACAAAGUUCAAGUGAAGAAGAAGUACGUAAUCUUAAAAUUAAAAUAAAUGACAUUGAAAUGAAUACUAAAGAAAUUACUGAGUUCAAAAAUCAAUUAAAUAAUAUUUCAUUGGACAUUUCGAGAUUGUCAUCUGUACAAAAUUCAAAGAUGGAAGAACAACUGAAACUCACAACCGAAAUUACUGAAAUAAAAUCGAUUAUCAAAGUGAUUACCGACCUAGAAAAUCAAUUCAAGAUUAUUUCAAUGAAAGUUAUAGAUUUGGGAAAAAAAAUUGAUGAAAUAAAAAAUCUAAAGGUUGAUGAAGACGUAGAGUUCAAAAUUGAUCAAAAAGUUGAACAAAUCAGAAAAUAUGGAACCAAGGAUAUUGAAUUAUUAAAAGAAAAAUUAAAUACAAUUUUAUCACAAGUUUCAGAAUUGUCUUUUACGCAAAUUUCAGGCAAAAAAGAAAUAGAACAGCUUAAAAUUGAUAUUGAUGACAUUAAAAUCAACACUAAAGGAAUUACUGAUUUCAAAAAUCAAUUUAAUAAUAUUUCAACAGAAAUUUCCAAGUUUUCCUUAAUGCAAAAUUCAAACAAAGAAGAAAUACUAAAACUUGAAACUCAAUUGACAAAGAUACAACUGGAAAUUUUAAAUUUAGGUAAAAGAAUUGAUGAAAUAAAAAAUCUAAAAAUUGAUGUAGAUUCCAAAAUUGAUCAGAAAGUUGAAAAAAUUGAAAAAGAUAUUCAGUUAUUAAGAGAAUAUGUUGAAAAUGAGGACAAAAAAUUGAAUGUGGGUAUUAAUAAAAUAAAUGAAACUAUGGGAACCAAAAUUAAAGAAAUAAUUAUUGAAAAUCUCAAAGCAGAAAUUGCACAAGUGAAAGAUAAAAUUGAAAAUAUAAGUACAGCUCAACUAGACAAAGUAAAUAAUCUUCUCAAUGGACAAAACCUGGAGGAAGUAUCGUUGACAAAAAGACGGUUGAUAUUUUCUAUUCAAUCUACAAUUCCAACUAUAAUUAAGAAAUUAAAUGAAGAAUUGAAGAAAAUAGAAGAAGAAGGAUUAGGUGAUGUCGAGAAUAGAACAAUUAAAUAUCUAAGAAUCCACAUUAAAGAUUGUCUUGAUAAUAUAAAUGGAGAAAUUGACAAAAUAUUUGAAUAUUUAAAGGAAACAGAUGAAAAAAUCAUGAUUAAUAAAUUGGAAAAAUGGGUGGAAUCUUACAAAAGCUAUUAUGAUAACUAUUAUUUAAAAAAAUUUAAUAAAUGA